AACAUUGGCAAGAGAGAAAGAGAGAGGGAGAGACAGUAAUUGUUGUCAAUCGGCUUCUUCCCCCAAUCCCCCGUCCCCGUUGCGUGUUCCGGAGUCCAGGGCGUCCAGGUUCGUAGUCUCAUAGGGGAGAUUACGACACCCCCUGAGGCAGGAGAUCUCCUCGACCACGAGCAUUUGAUUCUUAACAGAGAGAGUUUGGAAAAAACAUGUUUCGACUCUUCGUCGCGAUUGCGGCACUCGUCGUACUGGGCGAUGCUUUACAAAGAAUUCCGUUACAAAGAACAGAGACCAUUCGAAAUACUUUGAGAGAGGUUGGCACUGAUCUCACACAGGUUCGCUUGGCCCUAUCUACUAGUACGACACCAGAACCUCUAAGCAAUUAUCUUGAUGCUCAAUACUAUGGAGAAAUUAUGAUUGGAACCCCGCCGCAAAAAUUUAAAGUAAUUUUCGACACUGGUUCCUCGAAUCUCUGGGUACCAUCUAAAAAAUGCUCAGUUCUCAACGUUGCUUGCUGGUUACAUAAUAAGUAUGAUAGCAGUAAAUCCCGCACGUAUCAAGAGAAUGGUACUUUGUUUGCCAUUCAAUAUGGUACUGGGAGUCUGUCUGGAUUCUUAUCUACUGAUGUAGUAUCCGUUGCUGGCCUCAAUGUUAAGCAUCAAACGUUCGCAGAAGCGGUGAAUGAACCCGGAUUUACCUUCGUUGCAGCGAAAUUCGACGGUAUCCUGGGGAUGGGCUAUGCCACAAUAUCCGUUGACGGAGUGACUCCCGUCUUUUAUAACAUGGUCAAACAGAACCUGGUGCCACAAGCUGUUUUUAGUUUCUAUUUAAAUCGAGAUCCCUCAGCCCCAGAGGGUGGUGAAAUGUUAUUAGGUGGUUCUGAUCCUGAUCAUUAUGUUGGUGAUUUCACGUAUCUUGAUGUUACCAGGAAAGGAUACUGGCAAUUUAAAAUGGAUUGGGUCGAAGUAGCGGGUCGUACCGUCUGUUCAAAAGGUUGUCAAGCUAUCGCCGAUACGGGUACGUCUCUGAUAGCUGGGCCAACAGCAGAGAUCGCAGUUAUUAACAAAGCUAUGGGAGCUACUGUUAUGAAUGGAGAAGGAAUAGUGAAUUGCAACACUAUUGAUAAACUACCCAAAGUCUGUUUCAUCCUGGGUGGUAAGAAAUUCUGUCUCGAAGGCAAAGAUUAUAUCCUUCAGGUCAAACAACUUGGUCAAAUGAUAUGUUUGAGUGGCUUCCAAGGUAUGGAUAUGCCUAAACCAUUAUGGAUUUUGGGUGAUGUAUUUAUUGGUCGGUACUAUACCGAAUUCGAUAUGGAGAAAAACCGAGUGGGAUUUGCUGAAGCAAAAUAAAUGUCGAUUGUCUUCUCGAUGAAGUUACCGUUAGGUGCUAGGUCUGAAAAAACUUUGCAAAUAAUUCAGUAAAAUUUUCUUGACUUCUAUGCUUAAUGCCUUUUUACUUGUGAUCCAUACGGUUGUUAGACGAAUAUACGUGUGAUAUUACAGAAAGUUAUUGAACGGAAAUAUACGAUAUUGUCUCUAUCGGCAAUGUGGUACAUCCUUUUCUAUCAGCAUAGAAUCGUAUUGUCGCAAGAUAUAUAUUGAAUAUAAUUAAGUCUACAAUAAAAUAUGUAUUUCUUUUUA